UGCAUAUUCAUUCAUGCAAGAGUAAAAUCUCUUCACGUUACUGAAUGAACCGCCACAUCUUUGACACAACCAUGAAGAUUUUUUUCUAGCCAUGCGCGCAAGUUCAUUUUCUUGAUCAGCUUCUUUCAAUGUUUAUGUUCAUUCACACUGAUUUUUUCACUGAAUAUUAUCACUUGACUGGCAUUCGUAGUAAGAUCGACGAGAGUUGUUCACGGCUUCGGUGUUAAAUCGGAUAUUUUUGUUGUGGAUUAGUGUGUUGUUUCGAGUGGAACCGGACAAUGGAAACAGACAGUCAAAGUUGUACACCACCCCCAUCAACAGCAGCCGGAAGUUCGGGAAAACGGGGAAGAAAACGAAAUGACAGCAAAAAAAGUCUUGCGGAAAUUGCUCUUGGUUUUAUCCGCCGGGAAGGUCCAAAGGCUUCAUGUGCCAUUGAUGCCGGAAGUGCGUGCCAAUAUUCCCAGGAUAAACUGGACGUCGGCAAUUUUAUCCGGCAUUUCAGGACCCGUCAUCUCGACUUUGCUACGGCAAAUGGUCUAUUCAAGGAAAAGGAAGUUCCAGCUAAGAAGAAAAGGGUUGUGCCCAAGAGACCAGUGGCAAUCGAUGCACCAUUGAUAAAGGAUUCACUGUUAAAAAUGGUUACCUACCACAACCUUCCACGAAGAUUUGUACAGUGGGAAGGCUUCAAGCAACUGUUUGACCCCUUGGGGGCAGCCUGUGGCAUGACCAUCAACGAAGUAAACAUGAUGCACGAUCUCACGGAAUUUGCCCAAAAAUUGCGAACGAAUAUUGCCGAGGAAAUGAGAGGACGAUUGGUAAGCCUGAAAAUAGAUUCUGCCGCUUACCAGAAUCGUCAUAUUUUGGGCGUUAACGCGCAAUAUGCUAUGAACGACAACGUAGUUAUUCGAACUCUGGGUAAGUAUGCAUAUGCCUAAACGAAACCGUAUGCACAGAAAAUUAGGUUCCUUUCAAGUACCAAAUCAAUCUACGUUAUAUUCCGAAUAAUGACGUCUGAUUGUCUGUGGAAUACCUAAAUCUAAAAUUUUAAUUCCGUACUUAAUGAUCACACCCAUAAUUUCACAGGAAUGAUGGAGGUUAAAGAGCGCCAGACGGCGCGGUUCCUAAAAACUAAAGUUUUGGAACUGAUUUCGAGCUACGGAAUUGGA